CUAUUUUACGCACGUUAGAAGACUGCUGAUGGUGAUCGGGAUCUGGAAAGUGGAAAGUCCAGACGCCUCCGUUUUCGGGAAACGAAUCUACCAGGUCUACUCGCUGUCCUUUCAAUUAUUUUGCUACUCGGCGGCUCUCUCGUUGCUCGUCGAAAUACCUUCGUUGGUGAAGACUGACGUGGCGAUAGUUGCAGCGAUGGACAACGCAAACAAAUUCCUCGUGUACAUCGUCAUCAUUAUCAAAAUGAUAGCGUGGCAGUCGAGACGCAUGGUAAACCUGCUGCGAGUGCUCUUGGAGCAAAACCGGCAGCUGCAGAAAGCUUCCCGUACCGAACUCCACAUACGUCGGCUAUACAGAAAACACGCGAGGUAUAACCACAACCUCAUGUUAGUCCUGGUCACCUCUGGAACGGUGAUAGCAAUCAGCAUAGCUACAGUAGGCGGCGUGAACUUGUAUCAUUUCGUAAACUCGCCGGACAACAUCAACGCCACGGAGAAGCCGCUGCCCUACAGGUACUGGUACCCUUUCGACCCCAGCAAAUACUACUUGGUGGCCUUGGUGGACCAGAAUAUCAGACCGACUUUCAGUUGCUUCUGCAUUGGUGUCACUAGCGCGUCGCUCAACUCGUUGGCUAUAUUCGUCAGCGUUCAGUUAAAGGUGCUGCAGCACCAAUUCGAGCACUUUAACCGGCAGGAGCAGGAAGCCCUGGAUUGCCUGAAGCUGCUGUGCGAGAAGCACCAACGCUUGAUCGUAUACACCACCGAGUUCAGCGAAUCGUUCAAGUAUAUUGUGAUGCUGGACUAUACGGUCUGCUCGCUUACGUUCGCCCUGCUGAUCCUCCAGAUUAUAGCCGGCGAGGAAUUGGUGAUCACCUUUACCGUACUGACGUUCACCACGCUUCAGCUGAUGACGUUUUCGUGGAACUGCAACGAGAUAAUACUGCAGAGUAUGGAGCUAGCGAAAGCUCUCUUUAACAGCGACUGGUAUAACCAGAAUCGACACGCGAAAAUUUUGAUCCACGUGAUGAUGAUGAGGUGCCAGAAACCGCUGAGUCUGCGUAUCGGUUGGUUGGGAGUGAUGGAUUUGGAUGCCGGCAUAUCUAGGCUGAAACUGGGUUAUUCGUACACCUCCAUUAUGAAAAAUUGAUGGCCCCCAAUGAAGUAUACGAUAUACGUUUAAGAAAUCUACAUAAAAUGUGUGUUCGUUCAAAAUACUAUCUUUUAAUAAUUUAAAAUUUGGAAUUGGGAAAACCUUAUCGAAUAAUCAAAAAAUUGGGAUAAGAAUUGCUCUCUUAUAUGGAGCAGAGUUACUUUUCCAAAAUCGACGAAGCAGGCGGAUUCGGUUAUUGUCAAAAAUCUGAAGUACCUAAAAAAUUGUUCUGUUCUUGAGUAAAUUAUUGGAAAUCGAAAUUCGUGAAAAAUCAGACAAUUUUAUUUGGUUAUGUACAGGGUGGAUCAACAAUAGAGAAAAGUUACUGGAAUAUGGGAAAAUGGUAAAUACAAUUUUUUUUAAAUUGUUAGGAUGCGCAUUUUAAAAUAUACAAGGUGGCUCAAAAAAGUGUAACGAACAAAACGGUUUUUUUUUAACUUAAUUUUUAAUUUAAUAAUAAUUCAUAUCCCAACCCAAUACUUUUCCAAUAUUUUAAUUUGCUCGCUUAUAUUUGAUAUUAGCGUUAUUCGAAGAUUACGUGAAACGAAAAAAUUUCUACUUUAUUAAACACCGUGUAUAUAUAUAUUUUUCCAAAAGAUCUUAGAAAAACCUACAACUACCUUUUUUUAUUCAUUAAUUUUUUAUGCU